AUGUCUGGGAGGCUGGCGGGCAGAGCAGAGCGCUGGCUGAGCCGGAGUCACACACUGCUCCCCCUCUUCCUCUUCCUCCUGCUUCGCUUUCCUCGCUCCUUACAUUAGGUAUCUUCUCUGGGAGUCCACGAAGACGCUUAACCCCCUCCGCCCGGGCAGAUGACUUCACUGCAGCUCUCACUACUUUCUCUGCCCCCCGUCCGCCUCUGAAGUAGUAGCAGCAGAGCGGCCAAGUCAAGGAGCACUUUCCCCAACUAACUGCACGACACAAGGACAUCCGUCCCAUGACACGUAAUUAAAACUUACCUAGAGAAGACUGGUCCUCGGGGACCUGAAUAGUAUAGAGGAGUCCUAGUGGAAGAGGACCGGCUCACAUGUGCUGCUGAGGGACCGCAUCAUCCACACGGAGCGGGAUUAGCUGGAGACCCCGUCAUGGCUCUCCUGUCAUUCUGCCUCCUGGUAGCGGUGGCCCUGACAGACGGCGAGACCUCAGCCCCUCCGGCUGGCAAUGAAGGAAACGUACGGAUAGAUUUAAACAGGAUAAAAAAAGAAUAUGAAUUGAUAACGCCAAUAUCUACUGACGCUGAGGGACGCCAUGUUUCAAAUAUUCUUUCCACUGGUCACAAAAAAAGAUUACCAAGAGACACAACACAUAGUCGCCAGCCCCUCUACUUCAAUGUUACAGCCUUUGGAAGAGAAUUUCAUCUUAAAUUGAAGCCAAACACUCGCCUCAUUGCUCCAGGGGCUGUGGUAGAAUGGCAUGAAGACUCCGUGAAUGCUGAAAACAGAAGCCAUGUUGGAAAUACAGCCCACCUUUCAAAUAGCACAAAGGAAAUCUGGAAAAAGGAGCCUUUAUGGACAAAUUGUGCUUACGUUGGGGAAAUAACAGAUAUCCCUGGAGCGUCUGUUGCAUUAAGUAACUGUGAUGGUCUGGCUGGAAUGAUACGCACAACAGAGGACGAAUAUUUCAUUGAACCUUUGGAAAAAGGCAAACAGAAAGAGGAAGAAGACGGAAGAAUACAUGUAAUAUACAAAAGAUCAACAGCGAAGAAAGUUAUGCCUGAAGACAUCCCCAACAGAUCAGACUUUUCCGGCCUUGAUGAUUUGGACAGUGUCUAUAGCAGCCUUGAAAGAGAAGUGAAUGAGACACUGCGACGGCGUAGACACACAACAGAGAAUGACUAUAAUAUCGAAGUGCUGCUCGGAGUGGAUGACUCUGUAGUCAGGUUCCACGGUAAAGAACAUGUUCAGAACUACCUCCUAACACUCAUGAAUAUUGUUAAUGAAAUUUACCAUGAUGACUCUAUUGGUGCACAUAUAAAUGUAGUUUUGGUGCGCAUGAUCAUGUUGGGCUACACAAAGUCCAUCAGUUUGAUUGAAAGAGGUAAUCCAUCUAGAAGCCUUGACAAUGUGUGUCGCUGGGCAUACCAGCAACAGAAAUCUGACCCCAGCCACUCUGAACACCACGAUCAUGCCAUAUUUCUGACCAGACAAGAUUUUGGCCCUGCCGGAAUGCAAGGAUAUGCUCCAGUCACUGGUAUGUGUCAUCCUGUAAGAAGCUGCACACUGAACCACGAGGAUGGAUUUUCAUCAGCAUUUGUGGUUGCACAUGAAACUGGCCAUGUACUAGGAAUGGAACAUGAUGGCCAAGGAAACAGGUGUGGAGAUGAAACAAGCAUGGGCAGUGUUAUGGCCCCCUUGGUGCAAGCAGCCUUUCAUCGUUACCAUUGGUCUCGGUGCAGUGGUCAAGAGCUGAAGAGACACAUACAUUUAUAUGAUUGUCUUCUGGAUGACCCGUUUGAACACGAUUGGCCUAAACUUCCAGACCUCCCCGGAAUUAACUAUUCAAUGGAUGAACAGUGUCGGUUCGAUUUUGGUGUGGGCUACAAAAUGUGCACAGCUUUUCGGACAUUUGACCCUUGCAAACAGUUAUGGUGCAGUCAUCCUGAUAACCCGUAUUUUUGCAAGACUAAGAAAGGUCCUCCUCUUGAUGGCACAGAAUGUGCUCCAGGAAAAUGGUGCUACAAGGGUCAUUGUAUGUGGAGGACCACUAACCAAGUUAAACAAGAUGGCAACUGGGGAGCAUGGACAAAGUUUGGAUCUUGUUCAAGAACGUGUGGCAUCGGUGUGCGUUUCAGAACCCGUCAGUGCAAUAACCCAAUGCCAGUGAAUGGUGGCCAAGACUGUUCUGGCUUAAAUUAUGAAUAUCAAUUGUGCAACACUGAAGAGUGUCCUAAGCACUUUGAGGACUUCAGAGCCCAGCAAUGUCAGCAGAAGAAUUCCCAGUUUGAAUUUCAUCAUGCAAAGCACCAUUGGCUGCCAUAUGAGCAUCCUGACUCCAGUAAAAGAUGCCAGCUCUAUUGUCAGUCCAAACAAACAGGAGAUAUAGCAUCCAUGAAACAGCUUGCACAUGAUGGGACCCGCUGUUCCUACAAGGAUCCGUAUAGCAUUUGUGUGAGAGGAGAGUGCGUUAAAGUUGGCUGUGACAAGGAAAUUGGUUCCAACAAGGUGGAAGAUAAGUGUGGUGUGUGUGGAGGGGAUAACUCCCACUGUCGAACCGUGAAAGGAACCUUUACAAGGACUCCAAAAAAACCUGGCUACCUUAAGAUGUUUGACAUCCCUCCUGGUGCUAGACAUGUGUUUAUCCAAGAAGACGAGGCUUCACCUCCUAUUCUUGCCAUUAAAAACCAGGCAACAGGACAUUACAUUCUGAAUGGAAAAGGUGAAGAAGCCAAGUCUCGAUCCUUCAUAGACCUAGGUGUUGAAUGGGAAUACAUAAUUGAAGAUGACAUUGAAACUGUACACACUGACGGGCCAUUGCAUGAUCCUAUUGUGGUGCUGGUUAUACCUCAAGAGAAUGACACGAAAUCCAGCCUCACAUAUAAAUACAUAAUUCACGAAGACUCUUUGCCUUCAAUAAACAACAAUAAUGUGCUGCAGGAAGAGCUAGAUACUUACGAGUGGGCCUUGAAAAGUUGGUCUCAGUGCACUAAACCCUGUGGCGGAGGUUUCCAGUACACUAAAUACGGCUGUCGAAGGAAAAGUGACAACAAAAUGAUUCACCGCAGCUUCUGUGAAGCUAACAAGAAGCCUAAGCCUAUCCGGCGAAUGUGCAACUUACAGGAGUGUACACAACCAGUCUGGGUGGCAGAUGAAUGGGAGCACUGCACCAAAAGCUGUGGAAGUUCUGGCUAUCAGAUUCGAGUAGUACGAUGCAUUCAGCCUCUCCACGAUGGGACAAACCGGUCAGUGCAUAGCAAGUAUUGUACUGGAGAGCGUCCUGAAAGUAGAAGAUCAUGCAAUAGAAAUCCAUGCCCAGCCCAGUGGAAGACAGGAGCCUGGUCUGAGUGCUCUGUGACGUGUGGUGAGGGUAUCGAGGUGAGACAAGUCCUGUGUCGUGUGGGAGACCAGUGUGAUGGAGAAAAACCUGAAUCUAUCAGGGAAUGCAAACUGACACCAUGCAAUGAUGAGCCAUGUCUAGGAGAUAAGUCUAUAUUCUGUCAAAUGGAAGUCCUUGCACGAUAUUGCUCAAUACCUGGAUAUAACAAACUUUGCUGUGAAUCCUGUAGCAAACGAAGCACUCAGUCACCUCUAUUCCUCACUGAAGCAGCUGAAACUGAAGAUGAACUCACUUACAAUCCCAGCUUAUCAAGGGAUGGAAUGAUGCCAACAGCUUUAGCACCUAGUAUUGAGGAAACUAAUUCCGAGACAAAGGGUAUUUUGAGCAUUCUUUCCUCCAUUGAAAAUAAUGCAGAUCUUGGUAUUGUGUCUCCUCAAGAAAAUAAACCAAAGGCAUCAGAUUCCACAUCUAGAAGAUCCCACUUAGCAGCAAGCAAAACGGCUCCUCUACCCCUGACAAACCGCAGUAGUGACAUCCAUGCACAUAAAACUCCACCAGUAGCAGCCUUGCCAUUGGCAGCUACUAACGUCCACUCAACUAGUACUCAUUCUUCAGUGAAAAGCACAAGGAAAAAUGAAAGGCCUUUUGAUAGAAGACGUUCCUUGCAGCCCUCCUCAAUAGAAAGAUGAAUUAAGUAUUAGAGGACUGGCAAAAAAAGACACCUUAAUGAAUUCUGCUUUAUAAAACAAGUGCAAAGUGCUGGUUCACUUCUUCACUCACUUAUUUCUCCGACCAUUCUUUGCUUUCUGUUUAACUUGAAGUUACUGACGAAAAACACCAAAGAUUUCCAUUCAAGAGAAGAUAUGCUGAAUGUCUCCGGUCCUUAUGUACUUUGUUCGAUGGCCCCAAAACCAGUUUUGCAUAUUGGUGUUCUUUUUCUCAUAAAAAAAUAACCAGAGACCAUUUUCCCACCUUCCAUGGGUUUAUUCAGAUAUAAAAAACACAAUUAUUGUUUAGGUAUUCGUAUGUUGCAAUGUCAGUAUUAUUUUUCUGUGAUUUUUUUUUCAUCUACAUUAUGUUUACUUGUUCUCAGUGUUUGGGUGCUAAUACUUGCCUUUCGAUACAAACUGCCUUAUUACAUUCCAUGAGUCAAAUCUCAGCAGUUUCUUUCUCCAGUGGUUGUAUAUGACUUGCUGAUCUGAACGCAGCAUUGUCCAUCACCUUGAAGGGCCAUGCAGAUCCUAUUAGGAAAGUCGGAAAUUUGUGCAAGGCACAGCAUGUCUUUGAAAACCACUUUGCUUAUUACUGUACACUACAUUUUAUCUCUACAACCAUUACCAUUUUGUUUAUACUAUACUAGAACACAAAGGGAUGGAACAGAAAAAGACUCUCUCAUCAGCAAAGAAAAAAUAGUAAAAACGAAUUUCCUGAGUGGGAAGAACAUGAUGUUUGUUGUAUACCAUUUGUGUGCUAUACUGAGUGUCUGUUAAUAGAGGGUAGAAGUAAUUAACAUUGACCCUCCUCUUUAAUUAGAGGAUAUUAUGUCAUGUAGCCACUACUAAUGAGAUGACAGGAGUAAGUGAGAUACUUUUUUUCUCACAUGAAAGGGUCUUCAGCGGAAGAUGAAGGAUCAGUUAUUAGAAGACAUUACCAUAGAUUUACAUUACUCAGAAUAGCAAGUCAAGUCUGGAGAGAGAUAUUUAUUUUUAUUUCACCACACAUUAGACAACCACAAUGCAAAUGACUGCAAUAAUUUUCUUGCAAUUGGUCUCCAGGAUCAUACUUCACCAAGAAGCCAGUGUCAUUCUCUCAUGUAGCUGUAAAGUACUUGUAUAUAGAAUAUAAAAGUGAAGAUAUUUAUUAAAAGGUGAUGUUCUUGAUAGAAUUUAUUUACUGCGCAUUUACAAAUAUAGCAAGUGCCAUUUUCUUGCCUGUAUCGCAUAGUUAUUGAAUAUGCAGUUUGCACGGCCAUCCUUCAUAGGUUAUAAGCUAAAUGUAAACUACUGCAUAAAUUUUGAAAUUCAAUUCCAAUCAUCUGGCCACAAUCCCCUUUCACAACUAAAUUUCUCUCACUUUAUUAACAUUUGACGAACAAGUUUUUGAUAAAUAGAAUUUGACAUGCAAUUUUUUG